AUGGCGCGGUUGUCCGGCGAUCUGCUGGCGGCCGCGGAGCGGUACCAGCUGGUGGAGAGGAUGCGGCCCCUGUGCGAGAACCUGCUGUGCGAGCUGAUCACGCAGGAGAACGCCGCGGCCACGCUGGAGCUGGCGAGGCGCCACGGCCGCCCCGAGCUCCGGGCUUUCUGCCUCGACUACAUGACGUCGCCGGGCGUGUUCAAGGCGGUGGUGGCCAGCGAGGGCUACCAGGCUCUCCCCGCCGACGCUCUCCGGGACAUCAUCACCCAAGUAGCUCAUUAG